CUCGGCGCCCACACUCUUCUGAGCUGAAAAUUUCAACGCAUUCUUCUUCUUCUCUCCCUCCAAUAUACUAUAUAAUAUUUCCCGUUCCAAUCUUGGAAAUUGAAAAGAAAAAACGGAAAAAACAGAGACACCCAGAAAUGGCGUCGUGGCUGAGCUCAAGAGACGUAUCUGGAUUCAAAUUCAUCUUCUUUCUAGCCAUUAUCUACACUAUCAUAUCGCUUCUUGUUCACUCCGUACUUCACAUGAAAUUCAUUACGCCCCUCUCGAUCGACGCCCCUCUCGAUCGCUUCUCCGAGGCCAGAGCCAUCCACCAUAUUGCAGUUCUAACCAAAGACGAUCGUCAAGAAGGGCGUCCUGGAUUAAGAAAAGCCGCAACGUAUAUUAAAGAGCAGUUAGAAAUGCUGAAGGAGAGAGCUGAAUCCAAUAUCAGGAUUGAGGUUGAGGAGACCACUGUUAAUGGUUCCUUCAAUAUGAUAUUUCUAGGCCACAGCAUAUCUUUUGCUUAUAGAGACCAUAUAAAUAUUGUUGCCAGGAUAUCAUCAGCUGAUUUGCAAGAAACUGACCCAUCUGUAUUAAUUAAUGGCCAUUUUGAUAGUCCUCUCGGUUCACCAGGAGCUGGUGAUUGUGGUUCAUGCGUUGCAUCAAUGCUGGAAUUAGCUAGAGUUACGGUAGAAUCUGGAUGGAUCCCCCCCCGGCCAAUUAUUUUUCUUUUUAAUGGCGCAGAAGAACUUUUUAUGCUGGGUUCACAUGGCUUCAUGACGACACAUAAAUGGCGUGAUUCAGUUGGAGCUUCUAUAAACGUGGAAGCAUCUGGGACUGCUGGUCCUGAUUUAGUCUGCCAAUCUGGACCUGGGUCUUGGCCUUCUCAAGUAUAUGCAGAGUCUGCAGUAUAUCCCAUGGCACAUAGUGCUGCUCAGGACAUCUUUCCUGUGAUUCCUGGAGAUACAGAUUACAGAAUAUUUUCCCAAGAUCAUGGAAACAUUCCAAGCCUUGAUAUCAUCUUUCUUCUUGGUGGUUAUUACUACCAUACAUCCUUUGAUACAUUGGACAAAUUACUACCUGGGAGCAUUCAAGCUCGUGGAGAAAAUUUGCUAAGCAUACUCAAAGCCUUCACAAAUUCUUCCAAGCUACAAAGUGCUCGAGAAAGAGAAUCUAAAGCCACAACCAAUGACUACAAGGAUGAGAGGGCUGUUUUCUUUGAUUACUUAUCAUGGUUCCUUAUUUUCUAUUCAAGAAGGGUAGCUGUGGUACUCCAUAGUAUUCCCAUCGCCAUCUUUUUUGUAAUGCCAUUCCUUUUGCAUUUUUGGGAUUCUAGGUCACGUUCAUGUUUUGCAAUCUUCUAUGAUUUUGUGAAAGGACUGCUUUUCCAUGCUGCCGGGAUUAUACUGGCAAUUAUUUUCCCGAUUAUCCUUUCUAUUUUGCAACUGUUCUUCUCUAGUUAUGCUUUGGGCUGGUUUGCACAUCCAUACCUGGCAUUCUUGAUGUUCAUCCCCUGCUCACUUGUUGGUUUGCUAAUUCCAAGAACUGUUUGGGGUUGUUUCCCCCUCUCUCAAGAUGUUUCAGUUAUCAAGAAAUCAGAGGAGGCACUAGCUGAAGAAGCAAGAUUUUGGGGAGCAUUUGGAUUUUAUGCUUGCUUAACUUCAGCUUAUCUUGUAGCUGGGCUCAGUGGAGGGUUUUUGACGUUUUCUGUGUCUGCAUCUAUGCUUCCAGCAUGGAUCUUCUUUUCCCUAUCUAUCAAGUCCAGUGAUCAUCAAUCACCAAGGUCAGCAGUUUUUUAUGUAAUACCUCUAAUUCCAUGUCUUGCAUACUCGGUAUAUUUUGGGGGGUUUCUUACCCAAUUUUUGAUUGAGAAGAUGGGCAUGAUGGGUGUCGUCCCACCUCCCUAUGGCUAUUAUGUUCCUGAUGUUGUAGUGGCAGCAUCAGUUGGGGUUGUAACUGGUUGGUGUGUGGGCCCACUAAUACCUGUUUGUAGUCAUUGGUUAGCUCGGUCUUCGAUCUUGCAGCUCCUGUCGCAUAUUAGUGUACUUGCUCUGGCUCUCUCAUCUCAAUUUUUUCCAUACAGCAAUGCCGCACCAAAGAGGGUUGUUUUUCAGCAUACACUUGUUACUACAGAUGUAAAUAGGAUUGUGGACUCCAGCUAUGAAUUUUCUGUUGUAGAUUCCAAUUCUUUAUUGUUUCUUUUCAAAUAUGCUCCUGAAGUGGCAAAGGAAUUGCAUAUUGGCCAAGAGUUAUCUUUUGAAACUGCUAAUAUGUCUCACCGAGAGACUUGGAUGGGAAUUUUUCCAGUGCCCUUCUUGUUUUCUCAAAGCUUAAAGUUCCCAGCAAGGAGUGAUGGCAUUUUGAAACGCUAUAGAUAUUUCCCCCACUUAUCUAAUUACAAGCCACAUAGCGUUUCCAGCGACAAAUCUCGGAGAGUUUACUUGGAAUUUUAUUUGGGUGACUUGGAGGAGGUUUGGGUAGCAGUCCUUAACAUUACCGGUCCUUUAUCAAGCUGGUCAUUUGCAGACAAUAUGCUUUCAGUUCCUGAGACAAUUGAUGGCGGUCCACCAUCCUACAUAAUAAGACUUAGUGGAAACAGCCAACGAAAUUGGACUUUCUGGUUAGAGGCUAGCAGUUCUGAUGAUUUAAGGGUGGAAGUUGCUGUGGUAGACCAAGUUUUAGACGAUGAAGCAAGGAGGUUGAAGGGCCUUUUCCCAGACUGGGCUGAUGUCAUUGCCUAUUCUUCCUUCAUGUCCAGCUACAUUUUCUGACUGCCAAUGCAUAAACUUGCCCAAACAUUGGCUUGAAAAUUAUUUAGACCCAGAUGAGACUCAUGGGAAAUGUAAUUCAGUUUGCAUACUUUUUUGAAGCUUAAUUUAAAUUGUUUCAUUGUUCAGUUUUG